AUGUCACCAAAACCAACUUUGUCUAUCGACGCCUUUCCCGUCUGGGCACGCUUCAACGAUGUAGAGUUCAUCAACGCCAAAUUGCAAGAGACAAAUGGCAAGGGAAUUGGUCUAGUGACUGCAAGCAGCUUAACGACAACCCCGGCAAGUGAGAAGGCAACAGAAGUGGAUAUCUCAGAGAACAGAGAAGUCCAAGGGACAGUCAUAGAAGGACAAGAAGAUGAAAGAGCUAGGAGAGAGAUUCAAGGGCAGACCAACCACAAUUCGACAAAGCUCCUACAAAUUCCUCAUGAUCUCGUUCUUUCAGCCACUGCUAUCGAAGAGUACACCAAAGUCGAUCAAAAUUUCCGUCAACUCAUUGAUUCUGCAGGGCAUCAGUCAACCCGAGGAGAUAUAUUGAUAUAUCUCUUGACUCACCUCGUUCUAUCUACCCGGGAAGAAUCGAGCCCAAGAGGCCCCGCAUCAACACCAUGGACAGAGUAUCUCAAGUUUCUUCCUCGUCAUGUCCCCGUCCCAACGAUGUGGUCGGAAGUUGAGCGAACUCUGCUACAAGGCACUUCGCUAGAGACCGCGUUGGAUGCCAAAUUCGCAGCUCUCAACAAGGAGUUUAAUGAACUACAAGAGAAAUCUGCCGACUUGCCAUUUUGGAACUCUCUCUUCUGGGAGAAGGAAACAGUGACCAUCAAAGAAUGGGUCUUGGUUGAUGCAUGGUAUCGUUCCCGCUGCCUGGAGCUACCACGGGCAGGGCACGCUAUGGUUCCUGGUCUUGACAUGGCCAACCACUCGCAUACCCCAACCGCUUACUACGAUGAAGAUGACAAGGAUAAUGUUGUUUUACUUGCACGCCCGGGAGCGGCGGUGUCAGCUGGGGAGGAGGUGAAUAUCUCCUACGGAGAAAAGCCCCCCGCAGAGAUGCUGUUUAGCUAUGGAUUCAUCGACAGCGAAUCCACAGUCGAGGGACUAACACUGCCUCUAAAAGUACUGCCCGACGACCCAUUGGGAAAGGCCAAGCUUCACAUUUUCAAAGGGCCGCCAUCGCUCAAGCUAUCCCGGUUGGGCGGGGUAAUAAGCUGGCAUAGCCCGUUUGUAUAUCUGAUGUGCUUGAACGAGGAGGAUGGUCUGGAGUUCAGGGUCCUCCAGAAAGAGGACGGAGGGCGGGAGCUAAAGCUUUUCUGGCAAGAAGAAGACAUAACAACGCGAGCGGAUGGCUUUGAAGAUCUCCUCAAAGACCACCCCCUUUGUCAAAUCUUUAGGCUUCGAGUUGUCUCCGUCUUGCAUGAGGUAGUGUCUGACCAUCUGAUGCAGCUCUCCUCCGAGAUUUCCCAUGAGCAGCUUGAGCCGUUGCGCCGGGCCGGACUGGUCAGAGAUGACUGCCUCCAAACGGUGGAGAUGCUAAGAGGCAUUGAAUCUGGUGUGCUUGAAAGUGCAGCUGCAGCUCUGGAUGAACAGAGGACCCAUCUUUUUGCGGAUGACCACGUGGUAGCAUACCUCGGAGAGAUGGAAGCUUCCCAAGGUGGUCAAGUGUCUGAGCCAACCUCCAAUGAGGAGGACGAUUUCAGCUGA